CGCUUCCCGAUCGGCCAUUUCGUCGGUGCAGGCCAUCAUUACCCUUGCAGGGCUCCGUCGGCUCUCUCUCCCGUUCACGGUUACCUGAAAGACGCAGCAGCAGCAACAACACCGCAACCAUGAGUGAGACAGCCAUCUCAUUCGCUAAGGACUUCUUGGCCGGCGGAAUCUCCGCCGCCAUCUCAAAAACAGCCGUCGCCCCCAUCGAGAGAGUGAAGCUGCUCCUUCAGGUCCAGCAUGCCAGCAAGCAGAUCACUGCAGACAUGCAGUACAAGGGCAUCAUGGACUGCGUUACCCGUAUCCCCAAGGAACAAGGAUUCCUUUCCUUCUGGAGAGGUAACUUAGCCAAUGUCAUCAGGUAUUUCCCCACCCAGGCCCUAAAUUUCGCCUUCAAGGACAAGUACAAGAAGAUCUUCCUCGACGGCGUCGACAAGCGCACCCAGUUCUGGCGGUACUUCGCCGGUAACCUGGCCUCCGGCGGGGCGGCCGGAGCCACCUCCCUCUGCUUCGUGUACCCCCUCGACUUCGCCCGUACCCGUCUGGCCGCCGACGUGGGAAAGGCAGGAGUAAGAGAGUUCAAAGGUCUGGGCGACUGCUUGGUGAAAAUCUCUAAAUCCGACGGCAUCAAGGGCUUGUACCAGGGCUUCAACGUGUCCGUGCAGGGCAUCAUCAUCUACAGGGCUGCUUACUUCGGCAUGUACGACACAGCCAAAGGUAUGCUUCCAGAUCCCAAGAACGCCAGCAUAUUGGUGAGCUGGAUGAUUGCACAGUCUGUAACAGCCGUGGCCGGGCUGACCUCGUACCCCUUCGAUACUGUCCGUAGACGUAUGAUGAUGCAGUCUGGACGCAAAGGAGCCGACAUCAUGUACACCGGGACAAUCGACUGCUGGCGCAAGAUUGCACGCGAUGAGGGCGGCAAGGCUUUCUUCAAGGGAGCCUGGUCCAACGUGCUCAGAGGCAUGGGUGGUGCCUUCGUGCUGGUGUUGUACGAUGAGCUGAAGAAAGUCCUCUAAUUUCUCCGUGUGUUCACAUCACAGUCCAAUUUGGCUAAAUGUAUUAACUUUCCAUUUCUAUGGACUUUGCAUUCUGCCUUAUUUAUGGGAACAAAAAUAGUGUCUCACCAGUAGUUGUGAGCAAUGGCUGUACGUUGUGCAUCUUUUGAUUUUAAAACGUUCCACAUCCUUGUUACCAAUGUCAUUCCUGUUAAAGCUAUAUGAAUACCUCCUCCUGUCAUUCACUAGGUUUGUAUGGUCCCAAAACUCGAAUAAAUCUAUUCUGGGGAACAAACUUAAA